AUGUCCGCACCAUUGGUAGUAUUGGGUAACCCACUUCUAGAUUUCCAAGCCGACGUCACGGCUGAAUACUUGGCCAAAUAUUCUCUAAAGGACAACGAUGCAAUUUUAGUCGAUGCCAAAUCAGGCGAUGCUAAGAUGGCUAUUUUUGACGACCUCUUACAGAUGCCAGAAACAAAGCUUGUUGCCGGUGGUGCUGCUCAAAACACCGCCAGAGGGGCUGCCUACGUUUUGGGGGUCGGUCAGGUCGUCUACUUCGGUUCCGUCGGUAAGGACAAGUUCAGCGAGAGAUUGCUUAACGAAAACGAAAAAGCAGGUGUCAAGUCUAUGUACCAAGUCCAAAAUGACAUCGGUACCGGUAAGUGUGCCGCAUUGAUCACCGGCCAUAACCGGUCGUUGGUCACCGACUUGGGUGCUGCCAAUUUUUUCACUCCAGACCACUUGGACAAGCAUUGGGACUUGGUCGAAGCGGCUAAGCUGUUCUACAUUGGUGGUUUCCACUUGACCGUGUCUCCAGACGCUAUUGUUAAGUUGGGCCAACACGCCAAGGAAAACAACAAACCUUUCAUUUUGAACUUCAGUGCUCCUUUCAUUCCUCAUGUUUUCAAAGACGCAUUGGCCAAAGUUUUGCCUUACGCUACCGUCAUCAUCGCUAACGAAUCCGAAGCCGAAGCCUUCUGCGAUGCCUUCCAAUUGGACUGUGCCAACACUGAUUUGGAAGGUAUUGCUCAAAGAAUCGUCAAGGACUCUCCAGUUGAAAAGACUGUCAUCUUCACCCACGGUGUCGAACCAACAGUCGUCGUGUCGUCCAAGGGAACCAGCACGUACCCCGUCAAACCAUUGGACUCCUCUAAGAUUGUCGACACCAACGGUGCUGGUGACGCCUUCGCUGGUGGUUUCGUGGCUGGGUUGACUAAAGGUAAGGAUUUGGAGACCUCUAUCGACAUGGGUCAAUGGCUAGCUGCUUUGUCUAUUCAAGAAGUUGGCCCCUCUUACCCUUCUAAAAAAAUAUCUUACUCCAAAUAG